ACUCCCAACAUGUUCCUUUUUGACUUGCUGACAUCCAACAUUUUGCUUUUACUCUCUUCAAAACCAGAGUAAAAAUGGUUGUGCAACAUGCUAACCUUCCUUAAGUUUAUAACAUAUUAAAAUCCAUCCUCCAAGAUCCAAGGAUUAAAAAAAAAAACAAAAAUUUCACAUGAAAAUAAUUACAGUCUUGGCUUGAAGACUUGAAGUAUCUGCCUAGUGCCUAAUAUGUAACCUUUGGUGAAUAAUAAAUAGAGCCAGCAAAGACCAACGUUAUUUUUUCUUGGUCUUGUCGGUUUGAGACAAACAGAAACGAAAAGAAAAGAGCCUCAUCUGUCUUGUAGUGAGCAGCAUCAAUGGCAGAGUACGAAACGCAUGAACAAGGCGAAGGUGUGCCGAAGGAAACAGCAGUGCAAGCAUUGAACACCAUAAUCCAGCUGCACUUCGAGAAGACUCUGGAGAAGAAGCGCGCCAUUGACCUCCAAAAGAAAGAGCUCCAGAAGGUGUUCCAGGUGCUCUUCAUCUUCCUCUCACUCGUCUUGUUGGCACUCUCUCAGUCGCCGCAGCGCCUCCAAUGCCGCCACUGCUGGAUCCCCAUCACUCUCCUCUCCAUCGCACACCUCAUGUUCUACGUCUCUGUGGCACAGACCCUCAGAUGCAUCAAUGGAUUCAAGUACCAGAGAAGGUGCCACAAGCUCACACUUGGCUUGGCCACCGAGAAGCUCAGGGACAUGAAGCUAAGACUCGCCACCACCACUAACAACAAUGACUUUGUUUCUGAGGAUGACUUUGAGAUUCACUACCAGGAACCACCUGAGUCCUACUUUGGUAAGUUCAAGAGGAAUUGGGCUCUUCAUUUUGCCUUCUUGAUUUUCAUCUAUGGCUUCAUGGUCUCUGCCUCUGUCGUUCUUCUCUGCUUCUAACACAACUCUAUCACUUUCAGAUACAGUCCCAAGAGAAAAUUGGUCUCUGUUUGUCAUCCCUUUUCCUUUUUUUUUUCACUUGUGAUCAAAUUUAAUAUCAGUAAAAUUUUCUUGUCAAUGUAUCUAUUAUUAAAGUCACAAAUAAAUUCGUGAGGAUUAUUCUCCAAAACAAAAAUAUAAUAAUAAAAUUAUGUGAGAUAGUAGAUGUAAA